AAGAUAGAGAGUGCGUAAAGUAAAGUGAAGUGAAGAAGAAUCAGGAAGCAUGGAAUCGACUUCCGGCGAAGAGGAGAAGCAGAAGCGCGUGCCGCUGAGAGAGAGAGCAGAGUGGUCAGAUGUUACUCCAAUUCCCCAAAACGACGGCCCUAGCCCCGUCGUUUCAAUCAAUUACACCCAAGACUUCAUCGAAGUUAUGGAUUACUUUCGCGCCGUUUACCUCUCCGAUGAGCGUUCCCCACGCGCCCUUUCCCUCACCUCCGAAGCUAUCCACUUCAACGCUGGCAACUACACUGUGUGGCAUUUUCGCCGCUUAUUAAUUGAUUCGCUCAAAGUUGACUUGCACAGCGAACUCGAGUUUAUUGAGCGUAUAGCCACUGAAAAUUCCAAGAAUUAUCAGAUAUGGCAUCAUAGACGAUGGGUUGCUGAUAAAUUAGGACCUGAAGCUAGAAACAACGAGCUUGAGUUCACUAAGAAGAUUCUGUCUAUUGACGCCAAACAUUAUCAUGCAUGGUCUCAUAGACAGUGGGUUCUUCAAGCACUAGGAGGAUGGGAAGAUGAACUUACUUAUUGUACUGAACUCCUCGAAGAAGACAUUUUUAACAAUUCUGCUUGGAAUCAGAGAUAUUUUGUCAUAACAAGGUCUCCUCUAUUAGGGGGCCUAAAAGCUAUGAGAGAGUCUGAAGUGCUUUACACCAUUGAAGCCAUUUUGUCCUACCCUGAGAAUGAAAGCUCGUGGAGAUAUCUGCGAGGACUUUAUAAAGGUGAAACCACAUCAUGGGUAAAUGAUCCUCAAGUUUCUUCAGUAUGUUUAAAGAUUUUGAGGACUAAGAGCAACUAUUUGUUUGCUCUUAGCACUAUUUUGGAUCUAAUCUGCUAUGGUUAUCAACCAAACCAAGACAUUAUACAUGCCAUUGGCACGUUAAAGACUUCAGAUAUGGAUGAACAAGAUCUAGAUAUAGCAAGAAAUAUUUGUUCUAUCUUGGAACAAGUUGAUCCAAUUAGAGCCAACUAUUGGAUCUGGCGUAAGAGCAGGCUUCCUCGAACAGCUUAGUAUCAUAGUUAUUCAAGGACAACUUUAUGUCAUCUUUAUAAUUUGUACUAGUCUAUUCAAAUUGGAUGUUUAUUUCUUAUUAUGUUGUCAUGUAUUUCUGUUUGUGCAAAAUUGUCUUGGUUUUGUCAUUACUGGCGAUUGAGUGCGAGUAUUGGAAGCCAAAUUAAUAUAAGCUCUGCAGAAAUAGAGAAUUCUGUUUUUUGGUUUG